AUUUGGUUUGUUCGACUUGAAAUUUAAACGAUCAAAAUGAGGGAAAUUGUUCACUUGCAGGCCGGUCAAUGCGGCAAUCAAAUUGGAGCCAAGUUCUGGGAAGUAAUAUCGGACGAGCACGGCAUCGAUCCAACUGGCACCUACCAGGGAGACUCCGAUCUCCAGUUAGAGAGAAUUAAUGUCUACUACAACGAAGCAACCGGGGGCAAAUAUGUACCUCGAGCUGUUCUGGUAGACCUGGAACCAGGCACCAUGGACUCCGUCAGGUCCGGACCCUUCGGCCAAAUCUUCAGACCGGAUAAUUUUGUUUUUGGCCAAUCAGGUGCUGGAAACAACUGGGCCAAAGGUCAUUACACUGAAGGAGCCGAGCUCGUUGAUUCCGUGCUAGACGUCGUUCGAAAGGAAGCCGAGAGCUGUGACUGUCUUCAGGGAUUCCAACUCACCCACUCGCUAGGGGGAGGUACCGGAUCCGGAAUGGGAACUCUUCUCAUCUCCAAGAUACGAGAGGAGUACCCUGACAGAAUCAUGAAUACUUUCUCUGUUGUCCCAUCGCCAAAGGUGUCCGAUACUGUCGUGGAACCCUAUAACGCAACCUUGUCGGUGCAUCAGCUGGUCGAAAAUACCGACGAGACUUUCUGCAUUGACAAUGAGGCACUGUAUGACAUCUGCUUUAGGACCCUAAAGCUGACCACUCCCACGUAUGGUGAUUUGAAUCACUUGGUCUCGGCAACUAUGUCGGGAGUGACAACCUGUCUCAGGUUCCCAGGUCAACUCAAUGCGGAUUUGAGGAAACUAGCUGUAAACAUGGUUCCGUUUCCACGGCUGCACUUUUUCAUGCCCGGAUUUGCACCUUUGACAUCUCGAGGAAGUCAGCAGUACCGCGCUCUGAGCGUACCCGAGCUGACACAGCAGAUGUUUGACGCUAAAAACAUGAUGGCCGCUUGUGAUCCCAGACACGGCAGAUACCUGACAGUCGCUGCCAUGUUUAGAGGUAGAAUGUCCAUGAAAGAAGUCGAUGAACAAAUGUUGAAUGUGCAGAACAAAAACAGCAGUUACUUUGUCGAGUGGAUCCCGAAUAACGUCAAGACUGCAGUCUGUGACAUCCCGCCUAGGGGUUUGAAGAUGUCGGCGACUUUCAUUGGAAACAGCACUGCAAUUCAAGAGCUGUUCAAGCGAAUCAGUGAGCAAUUCACAGCCAUGUUCAGACGAAAGGCUUUCUUGCAUUGGUAUACUGGAGAAGGAAUGGACGAGAUGGAGUUCACUGAAGCUGAGAGCAACAUGAAUGAUCUAGUGUCCGAGUACCAGCAGUACCAGGAUGCCACUGCAGAGGAGGAGGGGGAGUUCGAGGGAGAAGAUGGCGGAGAAGAGGAGGCGUAAAACAUACAAAAAAUAACAAAUGUUUUCAUCCCAUAUGGAUUUCUAAGGGCUAUGUAGCAAUAAAUUGGAAAACAGAUUUCCCAUAAGGGGCGGAUUUCGGGAGGAGGGGGCGGGGGGUCGGGUGGACACUUUCUUUCCUUCAGGGACUCGACCACCUGCCGACCCAAAGGGUCCCCGCUUUGUACUAUUUUGAGAUAUUUAUUUUGGUGACGUACCCUAAAACUUUUCUAAAGGCACCUCUUGCGCCAAUAUAUACUAAUUUUGGGGGAGAGAGCGCCGAAAAAACGCGAUUUGGCUUGUUUUUUCAAAAUUUUAACUCCGGCGCAGACAAUCUGGCCAAAACGGUCUUUUUGGUGCUUUGGCAGAGCUCGUAAAAUCAAUUUGGUCGAUCUAAAAAAAAGGUCGACAAAAUUUUCGAAUUUUUUUGAAAAUCCGCUCCCUCUCGAGAAAAUCCUAGAUUCGCCCCUGCUUCCCAUCAUAAUUACCAAUGUUAAUUAGCACACAACUGCUCUUUAACGUCACAGCGAUAAAAUUAUGAUAGAAUUGAAUAUUAUAUUAAUUAAUGCAAUUAUUGAAAUUAUCAAUCAAAAAUUUGACUAAUUAAAAAGCCUAACGUAAGCAAACUCCAACAAGGAUAGCCGGUUACUGUGCAAAUAGCAUAAAAUGUG